GGAAUCGGAUUCAGUUUGCCGGCAUCGGCCCUACUAAUUAGUCCGAGUAAAACGGUUGCGGAAUAUUAAUAAUAAUUCCUCCUCACAAUCAUAUUUCGGAGACAUUAAAGGCUUUUUAAAAGCAACUUAGUAUAAACAAUUAUUAAUUAAAUCUGCCAUCGCAACAUGGUUUAUGAAACAUCGUACGGAACGGGGCUUAAGCCUGUAUCCCCCGAUUUAAGUCGAGGAAAGUGGGAAAAACCAUCGGACUAUAUAUUCGCCUGCUUUGGAUUAGCUUUAAAGCUCGAUGUCUUUGUGGCCUCAUUUUGGAUGUUCUUCGAUAUGGGCAUUCUUGGCAUACUGCCUUACUUUGUGUAUAUGGUGAUCUAUUUGGUCCCAAUCAUGGUCAUUCACUCCUUCAUGGGGCAGUUUUCCAGCAGUGGAUUCAUAUCCGCCUUUCGUCUGGCUCCUUUCUUUAAAGGAAUGGGGUAUGUGAGCUUGUUUCUGACCAUUUCCAUGCUCAUUUACUACAGCAUUUUUGCUGCUGUUCCGCUUCUCUUCAUGGUGAACUCUUUUCGUCCAACUUUGCCUUGGAGUUGUGAAGGAUUAGAGUCGUGGCACAAAAGUGAACAACUUACUAUUUGCAACGUGUCAGUAAGUCUUGAAUUCGAUAACGAUAGUUAUCUUUAUGGAAAACUACAUCAUGUGCCCUCUGUGCUCUACUUUCAAAACCAUUUUGACAGUUUAAGAGAAUUUAAAUAUCCAGAUAGAAUAGCGGACUAUGAGCUAUCCUGCCACUUUGUCGGCCUCUUCGUUCUAGUUUGGGCCAUGAUUGCAGUUAUAUUCUAUAAGUUUUCAGAGACCGCGAAAUUUGGAAAAUUCCUACGAUAUAUGGUUAUGGGAACAGUGGUUCUUCUGUUGGUGUGCUUUGUCCGCUUCUCGUUUCUCCCAGGAGCCUUGAAAGGCCUAAGCAGAUAUAUGGCUCCCAACUUUCAAGAUAUGGCAAUGGGAAUCAGCUCAACAUUCAUCAUAGUUCUACAUGCAUUUGGGGCUGGCUGGGGCAGUGUGAUAGCCCUGUCCAGCUUCAAUGGGUUCAGGACCAACAUAAUGUCGUACAGUUGGAUCAUCUCCUUCGGUCAGAUCUUCAUUUACAUCAUGUUUGGCAUGGUUUCCUUUAUGAUUGAACACCACUACCACGAGCUUACUGAAGUUUCGCCUGAAGCAAAAGUUUUGAGCCAUUGGCUCUUGUUUUUGUCCAGUGCUUCUGCUUUGUCCUCCAUGGGUUGGGCAAACCUCUGGACAUUCAUGUACUAUACUAUGCUGCUAAUGGCGGCCCUUAUUGUAAUGUCGACACAAAUCUUCACUGUCCUGCAAAGUUUGUUUGAUGAGUUUGAAGAACUUAGAGAAAGAAAAAUGGAAGUAACCUUUGGCCUUAUUGGGGGCCUGGCAGUCUGUUCUUUUUUCUUUUGCACAAAUCAUGGAGUGGUUUUCUUUACUGCCUUGGGUCAUGAUGCCAUUUUCUCUCAUAGUGUGCUGCAUUUACUGCUUCUUUUGGUGGUUUUGUGGGUUUACGGGCGACAACGUUUCCAGCGGGAUAUUGAGUUCAUGCUGGGGCAGCCGUUUGCCUCCUGGAAGGUUUUCAUACUCCGCUUCAUAGCUCCGUUUAUCUUGGUGAUAUGUCUGUUGACAGGAUUAGGUAUUUCCAUGAUGGAUCACUUUUUCUCCUCAGCAGUGAUCACCAUUAUAUCUAUUGUACUGGUAGCGUUACCCAUUCUAGCAAUACCUGGCUACGGAUUUUACUACCUCUACCAAAGCACCGGAACCUUUUGCGAGCGGUUUAGACGCACCUGCCGACCCACCGAUUGGUAUCCGGUUGAGAUCGAGCACCGCCAGCAGUACGAGGAAGCUGUAGGCAGCACCGAGAUGACCCAACAGCUAUUCGAGGUUACCGAAGAGGUCAACUAAUGGUCAAGAAGAUUUCUAAUGCUCAAAUAUUAUUAAUAAAUAAGAUUCUUGAAUA